AUGAUGCAGACAUCAACUAGUUCUCGAGUGAGGAGGUAUCCUUAUCAAAUCACUCUCUCCCUAGUAUUGAAAGGGUUUUACUCGCCUUCUGCUCCUAGUUACGAUUUUUGCCUAGUACUCCUUCCUACCCUCUUCCUCAUAGAUUUAAUGCCAAUAAAAUUUUCUUUGCAUGUCACCAUUGGGAUCGGUGAGGCAACUCCGGUUCCGAUUUUUUUUUUUUCAGCGCCGUGGUAUUUCCGCUCGGGAAAUCCCCUCCCGCAUUGCGUCAGAGCUUAUCGAUGUAAAGUUAAUUUCCCUUUUUUUCGGUUGGGCUGGAGCACUUGGUUGCAUUACUAA